GGGAAAGGCAAAGCGCAGAGCCGGGCCGUGGUGUGUGCCGCCCCCCUUGGGAUGGAUGAAACAGCAGGCGCGGCGUGGGUAGGAGGAACCAGCUGCAGAGACUGCCCUAGCCGGCACGGACUCCCGGCAACUCCGCGGAAGACCAGGGUCCUGGGAGUGACUAUGGGCGGUGAGAGCUUGCUCCUGCUGCAGUUGCGGUCAUCAUGACCACGCCCGCCUCCCGCAGACCAUGUUCCAUGUUUCUUUUAGGUAUAUCUUUGGAAUUCCUCCCCUGAUCCUUGUUCUGUUGCCAGUAGCAUCAUCUGAUUGUGAUAUUGAAGGUAAAGACGGCGGAGCCUAUCAGAAUGUUCUAAUGGUCAACAUCAAUGAUUUGGACAGCAUGAUAGACUUUGAUAGCAAUUGCCUGAAUAACGAACCUAACUUUUUUAAAAAACAUUCAUGUGAUGAUAAUAAGGAAGCUUCGUUUUUAUAUCGUGCUGCUCGAAAGUUGAAGCAAUUCCUUAAAAUGAAUAUCAGUGACGAUUUCAAUCUUCACCUAUCAACAGUUUCACAGGGCACAUUAACACUGUUGAACUGCACAAACAAGGGUAAAGGAAGAAAAUCAACUUCCCUGGGUGAAGCCCAACCCACUAAGAAUUUGGAAGAGAAUAAGUCUUUAAAGGAACAGAAAAAACAGAAUGACUUGUGUUUCCUAAAGAUACUACUACAAAAGAUAAAAACUUGUUGGAAUAAAAUUUUGAGGGGCGCUAAAGAACAUUGAAAAAUACAGAGUGGCAAUAUAAAAACUUAAGAGCUUUAUUUGUAUCCUCCAAGAAUCUAUCUGCUUAUGCAAUUUUCCAGGGUAAAAUGCCUUCUGGAAGUUACUGAAUGCAUCCUGGUAAAAAUGGAUUACGGCAAUUGAGCAAUCCUUACUGUAGUACUAGAAGAUGGACAUAAACAGUGGAAACCAAACGCUGCAAUCAACAAACUAUUUCACAUGCAUGAGGACAUAUAUCAAUCAGUAUUAAUUCUGAACUGAUUUUUGUAAGACAAUCUAUGUAAGAUAUUAGUUGCAAUAAUACUUUUUAAACCUGUUUAAAAUUUUCAGAAGACAUAUAAAUUCUGUGAAAUGUAUAAAGUUUACAAGGAUUAAAAAUUAACAUUUCAUUAUUACCAAAAUAAUUUUAUGGCCCACUAUGCAUCAGCAUACUGCAAUGACAGUGGAAAUUGUCAUCUGUGCUGGAAAUGUUUCAGAGUUACAGUGAGAUAUGGAUAAGGCCCAUGAGAACAAGAGUCAUACAGCUUAAAGAAGCAGCAGCAUAAAGGAAUCCAAGAUAAUUGAGAGAUGUAAUUAAACAUGAAUGUAUUACACAGUGCCUUUAAUAAAUGAUAUAACAGAUGUUUUAAAAUGAAGAUAAAGAAUAAUUUCACAAAAUAGAAAGUCAUCUGUUCUAAGGAUGCUAAACCAUAGUACUGAGUUACUUUUGUCAUUUAUGUGUAAUAAAAUUUGUCUAAAUGAGUUUGCAAUUUCGGAGCUAUAUUUUUAAGAGAAUAAUAUAUGUUGGGCUUUUAAUUAAUGGAAUGUAUAUAUUUAAUUUUGACACUCUAUUUGUAUAUAAAAAUAUUUUCAUACAGUAUUACAAUUGCUUACUUUGGAUAACAUUUCUCCUUUGAUAAUAAAUGACCUAUGUAUUAA